UAGGCCCUGCCAUGUUUCCUGAGGGCAAUAUCCACCUCAAGGCGAUUUAUUUCGAUUGAUAUCGCGAGUUAAAUAUCCGCUUAUCGGGUAUAUAUGAUAAACGGGAAGAUAUUUGCGUCAUCGCGUCUAAUACGUUACGCUAAACGCUCCCCGGGGCCUACUUAUCCACCCUGACUGACACUUUGUAGACGAUCCCUUAAAUUUAGAGCGCGGCUCCUUUAAAUGUAUAGCUGUCCGUGGCGCUGCCUGUGUACAACGCUAGGUAUUACCGACUUGGACACCGUGAAACUGUCUUCGAGUAGAGCGGAACCCUGAAAUGUCUGGCAUAGCCCUGAGCAGACUUGCACAGGAGAGAAAAGCUUGGAGAAAAGACCAUCCUUUUGGUUUUGUGGCAGUACCAACGAAAAAUCCAGAUGGCACAAUGAAUUUGAUGAACUGGGAAUGUGCUAUUCCAGGCAAGAAAGGGACCCCAUGGGAAGGUGGAUUAUUUAAAUUACGGAUGCUUUUUAAGGAUGAUUAUCCCUCCUCACCUCCUAAAUGUAAAUUUGAGCCACCCCUAUUUCACCCGAACGUCUAUCCUUCAGGCACAGUGUGUCUGUCUAUCUUAGAAGAAGAUAAGGAUUGGAGGCCAGCAAUCACAAUUAAACAGAUCUUGUUAGGAAUACAAGAACUUCUAAAUGAACCAAAUAUUCAAGAUCCAGCUCAAGCAGAGGCAUACACAAUUUACUGCCAAAACAGAGUUGAAUAUGAAAAAAGAGUCAGAGCACAAGCCAAGAAGUUUGCGCCAUCAUAAACUUCAACCGUGCAACAUCUUAAAAAAACAAAAAAAUAUAAAGGAAGGGAUUGGUUUGGCAAGAACUUGUUUACACAAAACAAAAUUUUUUUUUUUUUUUUUUGCAAAAAUUGAUUGAUGCUCCAUAGAAUUGAAACUGUCACUUAGGGGAGGGGGUCGUAUGUGUGCCAUUUUCCAUUUCCGCCACUUGUAUAGAGUUCUAAAUUUGCUGAAUAUACCCCCCCCCCCCCCCAGUUUUUUCAUACAGGGUCUCUUCCUUCAGUCUUUUUGUAUUUUGAUUGUUAUGAUGUAAAACUUGCUUUUAUUUUAAUAUUGAUGUCAGUAUUUCAACUGCUGUAAAAUGAUAAAACUUUUAUACUUCUAUAAACCCACUAGUAACCUCUAGUUUUUCCUUUUGCUCUCCGAUGCAGGCAUGCUUUUCAAAUGUUUAGAACUAUAUCUAGCCACUAGCCGGCCGUAUUAAGAACAAUGUCAUAAAUUCCACCCCCUCCCCUCCCCGAAAUUUUCUUUUUACGUCUUUAAGAAACUAGGUUGCGCUUCAACCUAGAGCCUCAGAGAUUCAAUGUCAGUCCGCAUCUCGCUUCUGCAUCACUUCCUUUUGUUUAUAUGGCGUUCUGUCUCUGUUGCUGUUUAGAUUAAAUAAACUGUUUAUAUAAAGUUUUUUUUUUUUUUUUUUUUUUUUUUUUUUCAUUGAAAGGACCACAGAACAGAAGUGUUCAGGCUUGUGAACUGACAUUGUGACUUUUUUUUUUUUCCUUUUUUGUGUGAAAUCUGUAUAUUAUAUAUAUAAAAACGACAAACUUUUUAUAUAACUGUUCUAUUCUUGCUGCGCCGUGAAAAAAGGGGGGUGAGCAUAAUAAUAAAAAAAACAAACAAAAAAAAAAAACGAUUGUAGCCUGGCAUCUUGAUGUAGUUGGCUAACGUACUGUUGUCUUGUAAUCUGAAAUGCAGAUUUUAAUAAACAGUUAGCAGUAAACCAAAAAAAAAAAUACCCUGGUAAGUAUAUUGAUCUUUGUUUAGAGAUCCUGCUUUCGUAUGAGCAAUGUACUACACGAAAUAAUGCAAAUAAAACCAGUCAAUUGGAAGUGACGUUUUGUUAAUAAA